AUGCACUUUCCAGGCCACAGCAGCAAGAAGGAGGAAUCCGCCCAGACGGCCCUCACCCAGCUCAACUCUUGGUUCCCCACCACCAAGAACCCCGUCAUCAUCAGCGCCCCCAUGUACCUCAUCGCCAACGGCACUCUUGCUGCUGAAGUAUCCAAGGCUGGCGGCAUUGGCUUCAUAGCAGGCGGCUUCGACUUCCGCCCCGGUUCCUCCCAACUCACCAACCUAAGCAACGAACUGCUCCUAGCGCGCAAAGCCCUCGACCUCGCCGACCGCCCCCUGACACCCCUCCCCUCAAUCGGCGUCGGUCUCCUCCUCACUCACACCGUCUCGGUGCCGCACAUCGUCGACACCGUCCUGCCCAUACUGCAGGAACACUCCCCGCAAGCUGUCUGGCUGUUCGCCAGCGACCCGGACUUUGAGUCCUCCAGUAAGCCGGGAGCAAAGGGGACGGCAAAGCAGCUGAUCGAGGCUUUUCACGCUUCGGGCUUUGUGGUGUUCUUCCAGGUGGGCACCGUCAAGGAUGCGAGGAAGGCGGUGCAGGAUGGCGCGGAUGUGAUUGUUGCACAGGGAAUCGAUGCCGGCGGGCAUCAGUUUGCUGAGGGGAGCGGGAUUGUCAGCUUGGUGCCGGAGGUGGUGGAUAUGGUUGAGAAAGAGUUUAAGCCUAAGGGGAGAGAGGUGGUGGUUGUGGCGGCGGGAGGGGUGGCUGAUGGGAGGGGGGUUGCUAGCGCUUUGGGUCUUGGCGCCGAAGGUGUGGUGUUGGGUACUAGAUUCAUCGUAGCAACCGAAGCUGCCACCCCAGAAUUUCGCAGGAAGCUCAUCCUCGAGACCAACGAUGGAGGUCUCAACACUGUCAAAUCCCACUUCCACGACCAAAUCAACAGCACCAAAAUCUGGCACAACGUCUACGACGGACGCGCCGUCCGCGGUGCUUCGUACGAUGACCACGCUGCUGGCUUGCCCUUUGAGGAGAACCACAAGAAGUUCAAGGAGGCUGCGAGCGUGGGAGACAAUUCGCGGGCUGUUACUUGGGCCGGAACCGCCGUAGGUUUGGUAAAGGAUCAAAGGCCUGCUGGCGAGAUUGUGAAGGAGUUGAGGGAAGAGGCCAAGGAAAGGAUUAGGAAGAUUCAGGUUUAUGCUGCUUAG